UCUAGUUUCGCUUUCCAUUUUCAAUGUCAACAGGCUUAAAGUAAAAGAGCAGUAGAACUAACUAACAGUUUAUUAUUAUCAUGUUUGUACAGUGAUGGUGGCAUUUCACAAGAUUCAACUGUGGUUUCUUUUGAUUAUAACGAGAAAAUGAUGCAGCCGAUAAGGAGACUUCAGACUCAACUCGGUACCCUGUGGGCCAGUCAUACUACAAAACGAGUUGUAAUUGUAUCGGGAACACUACUCGGAGUAGGAGUGUUCUACUGGCCUUUUAUUUCCAGCAUGUUGUACCCUCCAGCACAUAUGACCCCAGAGCAGGUCUCAUACUAUGAUAAAGAAAACUAUUACCUUGCUAAAAAGACUAAACAACUGGAGGAAGAAAAACGCCAGAAACAGUUAAGAGGCAAGCAGCUUCUACAGGCUUCUUCAGAAGGGGACGAUAUCUCAAAAUCUGAGUCUUCCUAGCACCCAUCAUCGAGCUGCAGUGAUUACCAUGCUUGGGUUACGGUACCAGUAGUGGCAGCAUGUGACAUCUUGCCUAUACAUUAUACACAUUAAAAGGACUAUCCAUUUCUGAAAGUGAUGUCUACAA